AGCUGUCCGCUGACGUCAGCGCGGAGGAGUCCUCCUGUAUCCCGGCGGGCAAAGCGGCGGCGUCGGAGGACAGAGGGAGAGAGAGAGAGAGAGAGAGAAAGAUUGAGGCUGCAGAAUCAGAAGCGAGAGAACAAUAAAAACGGCGGCGGCGGCACGGACGGAGCCUGAGGCAUGCCAAAAUGCUUAAAGGACUAUAAAAAGAGUGAGCUGUUUUGAAGGGACUUAAGCAAGAAAGAACAUCGAAAGCAGCAAGAACCAUUCAGUGCCAAUGCAGCAACAAAGACGACAGCCAGAAUUAGUGGAAGGAAAUCUUCCUGUCUUUGUGUUCCCAACAGAACUUAUAUUUUAUGCAGAUGAUCAGUCAACGCACAAGCAAGUGUUGACUCUCUACAACCCUUACGAAUUUGCCUUAAAAUUCAAAGUUUUGUGCACAGCUCCAAACAAGUAUGUUGUUGUUGAUGCUGCUGGUGCAGUGAAGCCUCAGUGUUGUGUUGACAUUGUUAUACGCCACAGAGAUGUUCGACCUUGCCAUUAUGGCAUAAUAGACAAAUUCCGCCUGCAAGUGUCAGAACAAAGUCAACGAAAAGCACUAGGUAAAAAGGAGGUCAUUGCUGUUCUCCUUUCAUCUUCAAAAGAGCAACAGCAUAAGGAGGAAGAAGAGAAACGCAUCAAGGAUCAUUUGGCAGAAACUGUGUUUUUUGAGCAGAAUUCUUUUCAACAGGAAUCCAGAGCUGCUUCUUCGGGACCGAGUUUACUUACAGUCUUCCUGGGGAUUGUCUGCGUGGCAGCACUAAUGUUACCAUCACUUGGAGAUGCAGAAUCCCUUGUGCCAGUCUACCUCCAUCUAAGUGUCAAUCAGAAAUUAGUUGCUGCUUAUGUUUUAGGUCUUGUAACUAUGGUAAUCCUACGAACAUGAAAAGGUACGGUUCAGGUAAAAUAGAAAACUCAGACUCCAGAGUUAUCCACAUGUUCAUCCGAAGCACAGGCUGGCCAUUGCCUAUGUCACUGCUUUUAAGAAUCUGAAGACGAACAGUGGGAACAUCCAGUUUUAACAAUUUGAAAGUAAAAUUGUAUUACAAAGAGUAAACAAAUCAUCAGAAUAUUGUAUAUUUGAACAGUUAUGUAAAGUUUUGAGGCAGGACCUGUAAACAUCCCCCAAAAAUGUAUGGUUUCAGUGCCCAGAGAAGCCAAUUAAGCUUUGUUGUUUAAUCUCCAUAAGUAGGUUGUUUCAUGUGUACAAUAUAACUUUUAUGAAAUGGAGCAUCAUUUGUUGUUAAUUUUUACUUCCUGUGAAGUUUUGGUAUAUAAUCAUGUAAUGCAACCCCCUUAAAUGUUUUUUGGAUGUCAAAAUGAGAGCUGGAGGAAAUACUUGGACCCUUUAAAGUAAAACCAAUGAGUAUUCUUGAACGCAUCUUACAUUUAAUGUUUUGCAUCUAAGAAAAUGUGCUGAAAAUUUAAAAACAUUUCAAUAAGCACGUUCAUUAUAAAAUAAAUAUGAUUAUCAAACAACUAAAUUGUUACUUUCAGCAACAAUUGAUGCUGAAUGUAAAAUCAAAAAUUAAAUUAAUGUACCAAUGAAUAAUUAGUGAAUAAUAUUCGACAAUAAAUAUAAUUUGAAAAAGGUAACGAGAGAUUAUCCUAAAAGAAUUGAAAGAAAAAUUAUUAGCUUUGUAGAUUACUGCAACAGUUAAUACCAUACCUAGUUAAUUUUGAGAUGUAGGUUUAAUGUGCAUUCAUAUAGUUUUAUAAGAACUAAUACUGAGUAUAUGAUUAGAACAGUGGAUAAGACCAGUUAAUAAUGUAAGCUUUAGUGGUGGCUGAAAAGAAAGCCUGAUUAGAAGCCAUGUGUUCAAAGUGGUCAUUUUUAAUGGCUAUAUUGAUAGUUUCCCAUUCUUUGCAGUUCUGAGAACCUGCACUGAACGCUAUGGUGCCUUUCUUGGUUUGCUGCCUCGGUGGGGAGAAGC